CAUGGCACAACUGGACAAGGGACAAGCUUCGAUUUUGCCGAUUGCUCGCUCGCUCGCCUGUUUCUUGCUCGAAUACAAGUCUGCAAGCCGCCACAGGUGGCUGACGCAGCCACUUUGUUUCCGCGUCAUCACUGCAGGCUCACCAGCGAUAGCGUAACGUGAUCGCUGGGCAGGCGCAGAGGCUUGCUCGACGUUCGCCAAGCCAUCGUCUUUAAGAAAUGAGGAAGAGCAAGGCGACUUCAAAAAGAGGAAGGGCCGCGACGGCUGCGCUGGUCUUUGCGCCGGCUGCAGCAACCGUAGCCCUCCUUCUCGCUGCUUCCUCUAUCCCUCCCACUGCGGCAGGAUCACUCGCGCCUAGAGGCGUCGCUCCCCAAGACGUAGCCAAGUAUGCGCCCAAGCUUGGAACGACUGACAGGUGGCAGUGCUUGACCACGGGAGAAGAGAUCCCUCACGUUGCAAUCAACGACGACUACUGCGAUUGUGCCGACGGCAGUGACGAGCCAGGAACCUCCGCAUGCAACAACGCUCGCUUCUAUUGUGCCAAUGAGGGUCACAUUCCUGCUUACAUCCUGUCCAGCCGAGUCAACGACGGUAUCUGCGAUCCAGAGUGCUGCGACGGCUCGGACGAGUACGAUGCAAAAGUUCAGUGUCCCGACACGUGCGGCAAAAUGGGGAAAGAGUACCGCAACCACAUGGCCCAACAGGAGAACACGCGCAGGGCUGGCGCUAAAAUCCGUGCAAAAUACAUUAGUGACGCCAAGAAGAAGGUCAGCGCAUUGCAAGCAGACGCUGCCAAGCUGACGGAUGCGCUCGCUCGCGCCAGAGACGCCGAGGCCAAGUCCAAAGCGGCGUUAGAGUAUGCAGAGAAUGCAGAUAAGGAGACGACAGCGCGCAAGAAAGCCAUGCCCCUGUACGGCACCCUCACCCAAUUCCAGUCGGCUUUACACGCCUUGUCCACCCGCAAUUCGGAAUUGACCCAGGAGCUAGAACAGCUGACCAACCUGCUCGACGACCUCGCAAAAGGAUACAAUCCCAAUUAUCAAGAUAUGGCUGUCAAGGGCGCCGUCAUGGCCUACGCUUCUUGGCGGAGGGACAAUGCAGGCGGCGGUGCUCCCGAUGCUGCCGGAGACGAGGCACCCUCAGAGGGUCACGCAGGCGGGCUCGCAGACGAGCCGGCUGCCCGGCUGGAGAGGCUCAAGAACCCGGGAGAGUGGCCGGUAGACAAAGUGUUCGAGCUGGCGGAUCAGGAUGUGCUCGAACUCAUGGACGGCAUCGAUUCCGGCGAAAAGGCUGGGCACGAUGCUGGAUUGCUUUUCCGCAUCCACGAGUACCUCCCAGACUCGGUCGUGCCCUACUUCGAAGCAUUUGUUGAUACCCUUCUCGACCUCCUGCUGAAGGCCAACAUCAUUUCUAGCGUCAAGCGCGUCAGACCAGCGGGUGCCAGUGCUGAUAUUGUGCCAGAAAACGUAUCUCGCGCCCGCGAAGCAUACAACAAAGAUACCAGUGAAGUCCGGCGGCUGGAGAGCGAGCUGGCGACCAAGCAGGCAGGAGUGGGCCUCUCACCGGAAAAGUUCGGCCGCGAAGGAGAGUUCAAAUCGUUGGAAGGUACGUGCGUCGAGCGCCCCAUCGCCGAGUACGUCUACGAGUUUUGCUUUGGCGGUCGCGCGACACAGAAGCCGCGCAAUGGUGCGCAUGUCAGCCUUGGCUCAUUCAACAGGUUCAACCCAGAGAAUAACAGCUCGCCAGACCAGGACGAAUACUACAGCACUGCAAUAUACGACAAUGGACAGCGGUGCUGGAACGGUCCAGAUCGAAGUGUCUUUGUCAAUCUCGUUUGCGACACCAAGAAUGGCCUACUGGACGUGUUCGAAGCAGAAAAGUGCAUCUACUCGAUGACGGUGUCCACGCCGGCGAUCUGCUUCCCGCCCGCUGCAGAAGCUGCGGAUCCAGCCAAGGCGGGUGCGGGAGAUGCGCAGGCUGCCAAACCCCAUCGAGACGAGCUCUGAGGGCGAGCACAAGCGAGCCGAAUCGUCGGAUCGCAUAUCCAAUGCCUGCACACACUCUCUUUGUAUAUACUCUAGCACAGACUAGCACGCAAGAUACCGUGGCAAGCAUGCAAUUU